AUGGCCCGAGAGCUCGGAGCCACGGAAAACCCGCCCUUUGAUGGUUUCAUGCACAUGAAGCGUGGACUGCUCUUUGUUGGCUUGCCGCUUCGAUUGUACUUGGCCGAUAGCCCUCAUCUCUACGAGCUAAUUCGUCGCAUGAGAUCUCUGGCCGACCCCGCAAUUGCGGGUGAGGUGUCUGUGUCUAACGUCCGGAAGGUGCUUGACGCAGAUGGUUGUCCUUAUUCGGUGUUGGUCUACGGCUUGAUGGCGGGGCUCCAAGCGCUACACUCAGCGCGGCUCACCGGAAAGCGGGGCGGGACAGGAGCCCAAAGUCUGGAUGCUCUUUCGGCGACGGCGCGGCUCACCGGGGAGCACCAGUUUGAAGUGAAGGAAGUCGCGGACAACUGUCCCCUCAUCUUCCGUGGAAUAUGGGUUCCAAACAGGAUCGAUGAGCACACAGCGGCCUACACGUGGUCCUUUAAUUCGUUCUCCCGCAGUAUGGAGGGUGUACUGUGGGUGCUGGAUUUCUAUGCCGUGGAGAACACCGGCAACCAAAGUGUUGCUUCCCUGGCCUGGCAAGAGUCACAUGUCUUGAUCUAUGUCGCACGGUUCAAUGCUGCCAGCAGCACGUGGGCUUUUCCAGUUCAGUUUUUCAAUUCGGGAAUGGCUGCGGAUGUUGAGAAGGAGGUUGUCCUUCCGCCGUUUGUUCACUAUGACUUCGAGCUUCUCCAUGGAAGUCUCUACGAAGUUCGCAGCACCAUGUCGACAGCAAUGAAGACUGCUGCUCUCAUGGGGCUCGAACGCCUGUGGGGCAUUUCACUGGCGGAGCACGCGCCCCAGCUCCUGCAGCUCCUGGAAGGUAGAGGCACAUCAGCCUUCCCCGGCCUGAACCGCAACCUGAGAGUGACCGUGCGCUUCAUCAAGCAGAUUGAGCUUUGCAAGCCGUUGCAAGACAUCAUGACAAGCGCCAGUGGGCCGCCAGAGAAUCUUCUUCUGGCAUUCCCGCCGAAGGAUCCGGCGGACGCACAGAAGCAGAUCGUGACAGUGUUCGGUGCCGGUGUGCCCGAUGUGAACCAGCUCAUAAACCCUGGGGACGUGAGACCGAUGGGCACCUUCGUUCCAG